AUGGCCCUGUCCUUCCAGAGCUUGGGUCUUUCCCUGCUGAUUCUCCUGACCAUCUCGGGCCAGGCGCAUGCUUUUGGUGCUGGCAACAUCGCCUCUCUUUCCAAAAUCUCCGGCCAGAACUGGCGUCACGGUGACAUUGAAGAUGCCUUGCUGUCUCUCUUCCUCGCUCGCAUCGCCGGAGGCCGCAAAUUCAGCAAGCUCGAUGUCAAACGUGUCUACUUUGGCAACUGGCUCCGUGAUUACAGUCAAGCCGUGGACGUAGGGACAGUCAAGCACGUCAGUGCCGAGGCUAUUCGUGUUCUCAUCUGGGUCUUGGGAUUCAUGACGUUUGGCUACGGUACUGCCGAGUUCGAAGUCACCACGGAGCGUCUUGGAUGUUACCAACCCACCGAACACAUUGACAACCCUCUCGGCUACGCCGAAGGCGAUGACGCCCGCAACUACGACCGCCGUCUGCGAGGACCGGUAGAUGAAGAGCGGGAGCUGUCGAUCGACACCCGAACUGGCCUCAAGAACUACAUUGCCUCCGAAGACCUCGGAAUUGAUACCUCUGCCGCUCUGAUCCGCCGCACUUUGGGUGGUUCUAUCGAACGGGGCCGUCGCUACGCUCGGUCCGGCAACAAAGAAGAUUUGCACGAGGCCCUUCGCCUGCUCGGUACCGGCUUGCACUGCCUGGAAGAUUACGCCGCUCACUCCAACUACACCGAAUUGAGCUUGAUCGAGCUCGGUGAGAGAGGGGUCUUUCCUCAUGUGGGUCGCAACACCAGGCUGCAGAUUGACGGUGCUCGUGAAGAGGUCUAUCCCAUUGUGACGGGCACCUUUGGUGGCGUCGACUUUUUCCAUUCGGUCCUGGGUGAGUUCUCGGACAAGACCAAGCAGUCCGAGCUUCAGGACCUUGAGGGUGUGAUCUCCGAGUCUCAGAACCAAGGCGAGGCCCAAAGCGUGCUGCAGGAGUUGCUCAGCAAAAUUCCCAGCGGUCUCAUCGGCAGCGGGGAUCAGUCCAGCCAGAUGGACGACUUCAAGGCCAAGUCCAACCAGGCUCGUGAAGAUGGCCGUGACUUUAGCCCUCGCGACCCUGAAGAGUGGGUGGAGUACGUGGACAAUGUGCAAAAGCAGAUCUACCCCGUUCUCCAGUGGCAUGACGAAUUGCUCAAGGGAAUCAACGAGGCGAUCGAGAAGAUUCCUGUACUGCCCGAACUGAUUGAGCAGAUUCAGAACGAGAUCACUGUCUUCGUCUUCUCGGUCAUCGCGCCUUACAUUCUGCCCAUCAUCAAGCAGGCUAAGGCGGAGCUCGAAACCGGCUCCUCGGAAGUCAUCCAGUCCAGUCGGGAUCAGCAGCACAUCGUUUUCAAUGACGACGAUUCCUCCAACCCCACGCACUCGAUGCUCUCCAAGGACCAUUUCUCCAAUAUCCUCAACGAGCCGGCCGGUCGGGUCGCCUCGGAAGUGGUCAAGUGGACUGUGCCACAGCUAAUGCAGUGCUGGGACGAUGAGGACGUGGAUGUCGACCGAACUCUCAACCGGAUCAUUUCUGGAGUCUUUCACCACCCAGCCCUUCGCCGCUACGGCGAUGACGGUGCGGCCGAUAUUCGUCAGAUCAUGUUCUCGACUGUGGAGCGCUGGUGGAGUGACAAGGACGACCACGAGCGUGACGAGCUCCGAGACCAACUCAGUCGGGCCGGUGUUCGCGAGGGCCGCAACCACAAGGAAGGUGUUGAGGACUGCGGUCACGGCUGCGGCAAGCCCCUUGCACUACCCAAGCGACACGGCUCGUCCGGGGGUGGUGGUGGAUAUGGACAGGGUGACUCGGGCAGCUCAGAGAGCCACCAACAGUCCGGCGACAAUGGACUUGGUAAGCUUGCCGCGCAGGCACUUGGAGGCGGCGCCCUUGGUGGCCUGGUUGGUGGCCUCAUUGGCAAGAUGGGCUCCAUGGCUCUGGAAGGUGAUCAGUUAUCUGGAUCUGAGAACCGGCCAGAGUACGUCUCGCAGCAUGAGUGUUCGUACGAGGAGCGUCCCUCUCGCCAGGACAGCUACGGCCGUAACGAAUACAGCCAAAACGAGUAUACCAGCUCCCACACGUAUGGUGAACGCCCAUCUCAAUCCCAAUACAGCGAGCACCAUCGCACCGAGUACGAUCACUCCGAUGCUUACGGCGAGCAACGUCCUGCCCGCAAUGAGUAUGCCCAGGAAGAAUACCGCAAUGAGUACUCUUCCGAGCCAUCUUACACGCAGAGCUACCGACGAGAGGAGUACCGCGAGUCCCAUGAGGACAAUAGCGGAUACUAUCGACAGGAAAGUCGCCAAACCUACGGGUCUGGAGAAAGUGAGUACCAGCGCACCGAGACUCGGUACGACCACGGUGCGCCCCAGUCUACGUACGAGACCGUUCAACGAACGAGCUACAACGACGGACGAGAUGAGAGUGAGUACUCGUCUGGAUAUGGCGCACCCCCGGCACGUGGAGGAUACGAUGAGUACGAACGACCAAGCUACCAGUCCCGCCAAGAAGAAGGCUAUGGUGGUGGCUAUGGCGGAGGCGAGGAUGAAUAUGGCGAGCACCGUUCUCAUCAUCACCACCAGCAGCGCCGACACCAUUCAGGAUCCGAUGAAGAAUAG